GAUGGCGGCCCCGCGUCUCGUCAGCGCCAGUAGGCAGUGGCGCUCCAUGCUGCGUCUACUUAUAAGAUGUCUAUGAUCACUGCAGCCAGACGACGGAGGACAAAUAAUCGAAGUGUGAAAGAGGGGGAAAAAACAUUUAAAUGUUUGAAAUAAUUGAUAUGGACUCGACAAACGUGUGUAGUGACGAAAUGAAAUAUAUCACGUGACUUGAAAAAUCGAUGGCGUCGUACGAGGAGGAACUUUCUCGAACCAGCGAGGAAAAGGAGCGACGUCGACAACAACAGGCAGCUGUUAGCAAGACUCCAAAUGUGCUACACAUUGAAGACUACCAACAGCCCCCUCACAUUAAAGAAGAAGAUGAAGAACUCCGUACCAAUCUGGAGGUGGAGUGUCUGCCGGGACUGGAAGAGGCUGAUCUCACCAAGUUGCCACUGACUGGUGUCUCUGUGACGACUGACGACCAUGAAGAGCAACCACCUGAGUCCUCGCAGCUUCGCAUCAGUCCAAACAUCCAGCAGCUGUUUUGCCAUCAAGAAGAACGUCCCCUGGAGCUGCAGGGGGGCAGGUCUAGUUUGGAUCAAGAGGAUCCACAACCCCCCCACUUUAAAGAGGAAGAGGAGGACCUCUGGAUCACGCAGGAGGGAAAGUAUAUUUUAGGGCCGGAGGAGGCUGAUCUCACCAAGUUGCCACUGACUGUUGUCUCUGUGAAGAUUGAAGAUGAGGCACAAGCAGACCCCCUCUUAGCUCCAAUGUCAGAUAGUGAAGACACAGCGUCACACUCUCCUGAAGAUGACGACACCCAAGAACCUUUGAGCAGCGAUACAGGCUGUGAAGCUGCAAACUUCAAUACUGCCGCCAGGUGGCAGCAGUUCAACGUCAAUCAGGCUCGAGUUCGUCAAGCUUGA